ACAAGAGGUCACCAGUAGUCAACCCUCUUUUCUUCCCCUCCCUCUGACUGCUCCAGUUAUCUACAGCCCAUCCAGUUGUUCGCAGUCUGACUGUGUGCCUCGUGUUUUAUGUUCGCUUCUCUCUUCAUACUUUGUCGCUGAUUUGUUGAGGAAGAUUGCUUUUUGUUUUGAAGUCUCUGUUGGAGAUCAGAGGGGAGGCAGCAGUUGGUCUGGAAGACAUAAAGCAGAAGCAAGGCCAAUGCUGGAUGGACCCGCGCUCGGAUUCUUCAAGCACCACAUCAGAGAGAUGAGUUAUUCAGAGACUCAUAAAGAGGAAAGGGUAACAGAGAGAAACAGAGAGAAGAGGAUCGGUGCCUUCUGAGGAGUGAACUGGCUUUCAGGAUAAUGAGCAAUGUGUGAACUUGUUAACCAGGCCCGUUCUCUUUGACCUUAAUUUAAACUGAGGAUUAGCCAUCUCAUCAGAGUUCUUGGUGAGAAGCCAAGGCUUGUUUUGCCUCGAGCAAACUCAAAAGGAUUGGGAAGGAAAUCAGCUGCUCAUUCCCUCAGAGCGAGCUUUUGCAUAUUUCCUUUGGCAAGGAACUUGAAGCGAUUAAAAAGCUAAUUUAUUUGGAGCGACUUCAAGAAAAGAAAAACACACCGCAUUUACGUUUUAGUGCUGUAAUGGAUUUGGAUCAGUUCUAUAGCUCAACCCAGGAGCAUGCUGCUUAUCUACCUGGAUUCAGCUCAUCAAAGCAUCCAAGAACAUAUUGAUAAUCUCUGUCUUCUCAGGCAAUGGAGCUUCGUAAGAGAGUUAAAAUGAACAAGCUAGAACAUAAUUUGGGCCUCACACCAGCUGAAAGGAAAUGCAGCAGAAAUGUUAUGCGGGGCACAGAAAGGUCUAACGCCCCACAGGGAGGGAAUGCAGGGGAGUCUUCUCAGCUUGGAGGAUCCGGUACUUGUUCCGGUUCAGACAUUCUACCCUUGUGGCCAUGGCGACAGUGUGUUUCCAUGGCAGCAGGGCUUUUAUUGGCCGGGCUGCUGGCACUGACUCAGGCCUGGUGCGUCAACGCCAUACACGAGAAUCUGCUGUGGUUCUCUGAGCUCACGGAAGUGGAGCGGGAGAUCUCCUUUCGGACUGAGUGCGGACUCUACUACUCGUACUUCAAGCAAAUGUUGCAGGCCCCAUCCAUACAGGAAGGGCUCUCAGAUUUGAUCCAUGACAACUUGACAGAAUCCAAGAGGACCAUUAAUCUCCUACAGCGAAUGAAUAUCUACCAAGAAGUCUUUCUCAGCGUUCUCUACAGAUUGUUGCCCAUACAGUCUUUUCUGGAGCCAGUGUAUUUCUACAUUUACACAGUGUUCUCGCUCCAAGCGGUGUAUGUGAUCGCUCUGUACCUCACAGCAUGGCUCCUGUCUGGUUCCUGGCUGGCUGGUACGCUCACUGGAGUCUGGUACAUCCUCAACAGGGUAGAUACCACUCGUGUGGAGUUCACCAUCUCCCUCAGAGAGAACUGGUCUUUGCCCUUCCUCGCGCUGCAGGUCACAGCCAUCACAUGUUACCUCAGGCCUCGGCUCACCGCCUUACAGCAGAAAGUGAUGGUGUGGCUGAUGUAUGUGACAACGUUCUGUUUCUGUCUGACCUGGCAGUUUAACCAGUUCAUCCUACUUGUUCAGGCUCUCAUCAUAUACACCCUCGACUGUGUCGACUUCUUAACAACUGCACAGGUGACCACUCUGUACGUUGUUCAAGUGAGCGGUCUGCUGAGCGUGUGGCUCCUCCAGUUCUGUAACUCUAUGAUACUGGGAUCACUCGUCCUGAGCUUCAUUGUAGCUGCCCUGUUCGUGAGACACUGCCAGACCGGUUUGAAGACGGGAAACCUGCUGGUUCGUCUGGGCAAACUACUCCUCCACAGCGCCAUGGUUCUCCUGCUCACCUUCACCAUCAACUACCUGGCCAAGAAAGCACUUCAGCUCAGAUCAGACGAACACAUCUUUAAGUUCAUCAAGUCAAAGUUCGCCUUGGGGCCGACAAGGGAUUUCGAUGCCAGCCUGUAUCUGUGUGAAGAGGCCUUCGGCCUGCUGCCCCUCGACACACUGGAGCGCCUGGCUGGUACCCUGCUGCUAUACCCCUACACCCUCACAGUGCUGCUGCUCAGUGGCAUGUUGGCAGUGGCCGCACUGCAGAACAUGAGCAAAGCUAAAGGAGGAUCAGCUGAGGAGAGGAAAGGAGCCGGAGUGGCACGAGCGGUGGCUUUUCGUCCGGACGUGGCCUAUAAUCUGUUGCAUACACUGUUCUACGGCCUCCUGGCUUUCAGCACUAUGAGGAUGAAGUAUAUAUGGACGGGCCAUAUGUGUGCGGUCGCGGCCUAUGGCAUGUGUGGGACGGAGAUGUGGACCCUGCUUCUCAACGCUCUGCGCUGUAACAGCAAAGUCCUGUUAAGGCUUCUCAGAUAUGCAGUUCCACUGGUGAUGAUCGGUUGGCUGUAUUACAAGUUCUGGCCUAAGAUAAUGGAAGAGUUAUCAGAACUGAGGGAGUUUUAUGAUCCAGACACAGUGGAGCUGAUGACCUGGAUUAGCACAAAGACCCCCAAGCAGGCUGUAUUUGCAGGCAGCAUGCAGCUGCUGGCUGGCAUCAAGCUGUGCACAGGCAGAGUUCUCACCAACCAUCCCCAUUAUGAAGAUAAAGACCUGCGGGAGAGGACCAGACAGGUGUAUCAGGUGUACGCUCGCCGAUCCCCAGAGGAAGUCUAUGACAUCCUGAGAGCUGCCGGGGCCGACUAUGUGGUGUUGGAAAACAGCAUCUGUUACGAGCGGAGGCACAGGCGAGGCUGCCGACUGCGGGACCUGCUCGACCUGGCCAACGGACAUAUCAUGGACGGACCGGGGGAGAACGAUCUGGACCUCGUCUCGGCCACCCACCCUCGAUUUUGCGAAGCUGUCAAGACGGACACCGCGGCUUACACGUCUCUGUUUACCAGAACAUUCCAGAACAAAACCUUCCACGUGUACCGGGUCAAGAAGAAACGCAAGAAAAGCACCAAGAGCUCGCCAGAGCCCAGUGAGACUCAGUAGCAGGAGCCAGCAACCCCGUCAGAGGCCAGAGGAGAGGAGGAGAUAAAAGCCGUAAAUCCUGGCUCUCCCUCUGUCUCCUCUCUGCACUGUGCCCAGCUGUGAUCAUGCCCAUUCUUUUUUUUUUUUUUUUUUUUGAACACAUGACUCUGUGAACUGUGGUGUUAGGGGCAGUGGGCCAGCUCCAGCCCCGGAGCUGCAUUGUUUUAGCUAGUGGAGUGUGGAAGCACCUUUAGGAGAUCCACUUUGGGCUAUUUCUGUCUCCAACCUGUCCACCCCGCCCUCGUCCCAGCUCUCACUGGUGCAGAUGAACAGACACAGAAAUCAUUUUUAGACGUCUAAGCAGAGUGUGGAACACAAGCAGCUACUUAUAAUUCAAUUUGAUCUGAAGGAAUCAUUUCACACAGCACCAUGAAAUGAACAAAACACUACUACUACAGUGAUAUCUCCGAUUAUUGUUUUCUGUUUUCGUACAGAGCCGACUGGAGGUUCAAUAGAAUUUAUCGAAUCUGCUCAUCAAGCCAGGAUGCUUUAAUAGAGCGUAUCACAGAUUUCAUAUCGAGUUCUUCUUUGCCAAUGAAAGUAAGGAGAGAAAAUAAAUGAUCUGUUAAAACAUUUGUUCAUUUAAACCAGGGGCCUCCAAACUACGGCCCGCGGGCCACAUCCGGCCCGCC